GACAUGUACGCGGCGAUCUCUGAAAUGGAAAAAAUUCUAAAGGUUGAGAAUGAGGUGGCCCGUGAUUUAAGGGAAUAUGUGCAGAAUGAAGAAGGCAGGCUGGAGCUUUUGAAAGGUUUAGCAGACGAGUUCGAGGAGCAUAGUAGGAAGGCCCUGGCGAACCCUGAGGGCCACCUCAGCAACCCCCUCAAUGCCUACCUAUUAAUUAAGAGGUUCACCUCUGAAUGGCAGUACGUGUUGGAAGAGAAGAUUAAGAAGAGUUUCGCUGAUGAUUUCCUUCGAAGGUUAGACGAGAAGACGGCAAAUUUUCCGACCAGUGAAGACCUACAUGGGGCCAUCAAUGCCCUCAUGAGGUUGCAGGAUGUGUAUGACCUGUCCACUAGCGAACUGGCCGACAAUGGCAUUGAUGGCACUCCUGGAGCUUCUAAGUUGUCUUUUGAAGAUUGCAAACUCCUCGGCUUGUCAGCCUACGAGAAGAAAGAUUUCUAUCACACGAUACUCUGGAUGACUGAGGCGAUGAGGCAGCUAAUCAAAUCACCCCUAGAGGAACCGAAAUUUCAAAUUCAGAGAAUCGAUAUUCUGGAUUAUUUGGCCUUUUCUUACUAUCAGCAAGGUAACAUUAAGAAGGCCAUCAAUUUGACACUGGAUUAUUUACAAUUAGACCCAAGCAACACCAGAAUCCAGUCGAACCUGCGCCACUAUCAGCAACUUCUGGAGCAGCAUCGAGACCUGUUAUCGUCAUCAUCGUCAUCAGGAGGGCCGGUCGCCGAUUAUGAUGAUGAUUACAAUCCGAGACCACACACAGACAACCGGAUUCGAUCUGAUGAGUUCUACAACUACGAAAGACUCUGCAGAGGAGAAAAAAUUAUGCCAAUAGAGAACGAGCACCUUUUGACGUGCCAGCUGAAAAGUCACCACCCCGCCCUAUAUUUGAGGCCGGCCAAAGAGGAGCAAGUGAACUAUGACCCGCCGAUGUUCAUGUACCAUGACCUCCUGGUUGACGAUCAGAUGGAAACUAUUAAGAGAUUAGGAAGACCACGGCUCUACAGAUCGGUCGUAUUUCAGAAAGAAGGAAUGGAGAGUCCCGACUUCACAGCACAAGAUUACAGGAUUAGUAAAACCGGUUGGAUCAGUGACAAAGAACAUCCACAUGUCUUAGGCUUCAGUACCAUUGCUUCUGCCAUUGCAAACCUUACACUCGAUUAUGCUGAAGAGUUGCAGGUGUUGAACUAUGGUAUUGGUGGUCACUAUGAGCCUCAUUUUGAUUACUCUUCGAACCCUGAGCCAAGCGAGUUUGAAAAAGUGCGAGGAAACAGAAUUGCUACCUUCCUAUGUUAUAUGAGUGACAUAAAGAUAGGGGGUUCAACGGUGUUCCCUCAAGUUGGGGUUAAAUUUACCCCGAAGAAGGGCAGUUGCGCUCUGUGGUACAACCUCCACAAAAGUGGUGUUGGUGAUCGACUGACCAGUCACGCCGCAUGUCCGGUGUUGUCCGGUAUUAAGUGGGCUACAAACAAGUGGUUCAGAGAAAGAGGUCAAGAGUUCAUUCGGCCCUGUACACUCUCUCCUAUGGACUGAUGAUGACGAAGAGGAUGACGAUGAUGAUAAUGAUUACACUAUUGAUGAGGAUGAUGACGAUGAUGUUGAUGAUGAUAAUGAUAUCGGUGAUGAUGAUGGUGAUGGUGAAGUAUUAUAAAAAUGUUUAUAAUUAUUUUCAGAUUCUCAUACUCUACUCCAUCACUCACCCACUCACUCAAUCAUUCGCUCACUCACUCACUCACUCACUCACUCACUCACUCACUCACUCACUCACUCACUCACUCACUCACUCACUCGUAAAAUUUACUCCUUAUCGAUCUGUCGUUGUUAAUGAAAGUUCAGUGUGUUUUUUUCUUCCUUUUCUUUCUUAUAGUUAAUGAUAGUGGUGAUAACAACAACAACAACAACAAUAAUAAUAGUAAUAUAAUGUUAAUGUUAAUAUUAUUAUUAUUGUUGUUGUUAUCGUUUUGUUAUUGAUGUUUAAGUAAAUGUUUUUAAUGUUUUUUUUUCAUUAAUUAUGUAAAAUUAUGAAAUUAUUUAUAUAUAUAUAUAUAUAUAUAUAGAGAGAGAGAGAGAGAGAAGGAGAGAGAGAGAGAGAGAGAAAGAAAGAGAUCAUAUCAAUUUUUAUCAACUCCUUUUUUUUCAGAUAAAGUUUUACAGUGCGCCUCUUACCUUUUCAAUUGUAUUUUCGUUAAAAAAAUAGUUGACUUAAUUAACUUUUUAAUAACCCAAUUAAUGAUUUAAUUAAUUGACUGAUUAGAUUGCUAAUUAGUCUAUUAGUUAGAUGAUUCUUGGAAUUAAUAUUCGUUAUUUUAGUUAGACUUAAUUGACUCUGACAAAAUCUACGACCUGAUAUUAAUAUAAAAAUAUUCUGUCCAAUCAAUUUACAAUCGGUUAAUUAGUUAUUUAACUAGUUAAUUGAUUGACUAAUUGGUUGAUUGACUAAUUAAUCUAUAUUCAUUUUUGAACCUAUGAAUAUUUAUAGACAUGCCAAAUACAUUUUUUUCGUGUUCGAAUCAUGAUCAUUUUGCUUUUUUUAUUUUUCAACUUGAAUGAAACGAGCAGGUUUAUGUUAAUAAAAAUAAAAUUCUUUAAAACG